AUGCUGCUGGAGGCGUCAACGUCGUCGCAGCAGCAGCCCGGCGAGGCGCCGCUGUACCCGUACCUGGACGUCCCCGGCGUCCGGUUCGUCCCCACCGACCAGGAGCUCAUCCUCUGCUACCUCCGGAGCAAGCUGCGCGGCGAUCCGCCCCCGACCUCGCUCGUGCGCGACGACGACGUGUACGCGGAGCACCCCGAGUAUCUUACGACGAGGCUGGGCCCGAGCGUGGAGGACUACUGGUACGUGUUCACGCAGAGGAGCCGCAAGUACGCCAAGGGGGGGCGGCCGAGCCGGAGCACGGGCGACACGGGCCGCUGGAAGUCGGUGGGCAAGAACACGCCUGUCACCUACGGGAAGGAGAAGGCGACGAUCGGGUUCAGGAACUCGCUGGCGUACGAGGUGUUCGUCCGCGACGAUGGCGGCGACUCCAAGAAGAAGCGGAUAGAGAAGACGGAGUGGAAGAUGACCGAGUUCGUGGACGUCGACUCCAACAGGCCCGUCUCGUCCGGCUCCAACUUCAUGCUGCUCAACGACUGGGUGCUGUGCAGGAUAACGCGCAAGCCGGAGAAGAAGAAGGGGGAGGAGGAGGAUCCCGGCGCUUCUCCGGCGGACGAGGUGGUGGAGGAGGAGGAGCACGAGCCGUCAUCGAUGAUGCUCGCCGACGAGCCGCUGACGGACACCAGCCCCGACACGUCGCAGCAAGCGCAGGUGACGGCGCCUGCCGGCCUCUUAGGCAACGGCGCCAACUGGUCGGACAGCACCGCCGACAGCCAGGCCGGACGAUCCGGCUCCGGCUCCGACCCCCAAAAGACUGCCGACGACGACCCGUUCGAGUCUCUUGAUCUGGGGCCCUUGCCGAGUGGGAACAGUCGUGACCAUGUCUUCACGAUUGAUCCAUGGGCCUGGAACCUGUAUUAUCCAGAGGGCACCGAUAUUGAUUCGUCCGGCAGCCGGCUCCGAACGCCCAGCGACCCUGAUCCGAUGGAGAUCCCGUCGGAACCACCUGCUUAUCAUCCUCAGCCUCGGCACGUCGUCACUGAUCUUCCCUCCUCCUCCGCCGGCGGUCUUGAUGAACUCACCAAGGUGAUUCGCAAGAGAAAAGAACACGCCAGGGCGAGCGGCGACGACGCCGGGAAGAAGGGCAACGCGGCAGUGAAGAAGAGCUCCGGGCGUGCAAAGCCAGACGGCCAAAACUAA